UGUUGAAUUCGUCCAGUAAACAAUAUUUCAAGAGAAGCGCGCGACACCGCGUGUGUGUGCGUGUGUGUGUGGGGGGGGCAGCAGCGCGCUCCUGUCUCGGAUCAGUCGAGCAGCGCGCGCGCGGAGGGAAACAGCAGCUUUACUCUAAAGACAUGCGGACCUGAUCCACCAUGGGGGAUCCCACCAACGGCAGCGGGACUCUUCCGGACUACGAAGGCUCUCUGGACGAGAUCCCAGACACCACGCAGGGCUGCACCUUCUUCGCGGCCACCAUCGUCAUCGGCGCCGUCCUGGUGGUCAUCAUGUUGGUGUGUGGCGUGGGGAACUGCCUCUUCAUCGCCAGCCUGCUGCGCUUCAAGCAGCUCCGAAACCUCACCAACAUCCUGAUCGCCAACCUGGCGGUGUCGGACGUUCUGGUGGCGGCGGUGUGCUGUCCCUUCCUGCUGGACUACUACGUGGUGAAGAAGCUGUCCUGGGACCACGGCCUGCUGCUCUGCGCCGCCAUCAACUACCUCCGCACCGUGUCACUCUACGUGUCCACCAACGCACUGCUGGCUAUCGCCAUGGACAGGUACUCGGCGAUCCUCCAUCCCCUAAAGCCCCGUAUGACCUCCCGGACGGCGUCCUGCGUCAUCCUGGCGGUCUGGAUCGUCCCUGUCCUCAUCUCCAUCCCAUCCGCCUACAUGACCUCAGAAACCCCGUACCCCCACAGGGGGGGGCAGAACCACAAGACCUUCUGUGCUCAGAUCUGGCCUGUGGACCAGCAGGUCUUCUACCGCUCCUACUUCCUGUUGGUCUUUGCUCUGGAGUUCGUGUCUCCGGUCACCGUCAUGGCGGUCUGCUACACGUGCAUCUCCAGACACCUGUGGUCCAAAGGCGUUCCGGGUGUCCAGACCGACCAGAUUCGGAGGAGACGCCACAAACGCCGCAGGAUGGUGGUGGUUCUGAUCCUGGUGCUGGUGGCCUACGUCCUGUGCUGGGCGCCAUACUACGGCUUCGCCCUGCUCCGAGACUUCUACCCCACCCUCAUCUCCAGGGGCAGGAACUCUCUGGUGGCCUUCUACAUCAUCGAGUGCAUCGCCAUGAGCAACGCCGUCAUCAACACCUUCUUCUUCGUGAGCGUCCAGAAGAACCGGAACAGCGCCAAGAAGGCCCGCAACUUCCCGCUCAGGCUGGUCAGCUUUGUGGCCAGAAGGUCGAUGGAUGAUGGCGAAGGUCGGACGUCCUCGCUGCGGGCGACAGAGGAAGGGGACAACAGCUAGCCGUCAAUGGUUCCCCCAUCAGAGCAGAGAGUGGAUCUACAGCUUCUACUUCAUAGAAGGUGUUUGUGGCCGCUCGUCUGUUCCUGUUGUUUUUGUUUAUGCUGUUUUCGUACUUCGGUACCCUGCUAGCGGAGUCUCACUUGGUGUAUGAUCGCCAGUUCCUUAUAGCUCGUCAGUUUAUUGCGAGUGAUCUAAGCUCGUUGUGUUUCGGACGUAAAACUUCCCCCUGCUGCCCUCGAGAAUUCCAGCUCACCUGUUCAGGCCGUCGGCCCUCGAGAAUUCCAGCUCACCUGUUCAGGCCGUCGGCCCUCUUCGUGAGGCAGAAACGUCAUCGCAGACGAAGCAAAGCUGAAGACGUGCUAGACAACCUUCCCGUCCUUUUCCCGAGCAGGAUCUGGACUAUUUCCUCAAAUUACUGUGUUCUGGCGUUUCCUGGAUCCACCCGAUGUCUGCAUUAUCCCUGGCUUCGGUGAGGGAGACCAGCUCCAUCACACCUGCUCUUCUCUGCCUCGCUGGCGUGGAUCUAACCCCUGAAAUCUGGCGGCGCUCUCCCGGUCACUCACAUCUUCUACGGCGGCUGUUCCAGCUUCCAGAUUCGGACUGGUAAAUGCCAGAUCGCUGGCGAACAAAACUUUCGUUCUGCGGGAUCUUAUCACAUCUUGCUGGUUGGACUUCCUCUUCAUAACCGAGACGUGGACAUCUCCCAGUGAGAACUUUUGUUGAACUUUACCUUCUGGAUUUUCUUAUUUUAGCUCCCCGUGGAUAUCCAGCCGUGGAGGAGGGACUGCGCCUGUUUUUAUGAAUGGGUUGAAAUGUAGACAACGCUGCUUGUCAUCCCCAUUCUCCAUCUUUGAACUGACCUCAUUUGAGGUGGGAAGAUUCUCUCUCAUGCCUCCAACAUGUCCAAAAUACAGCUGUCCGCCUCCCUAAGAGAAACCACAUCUCGCAGAUUUUAGCAUCACUCCACUGGCUGCCUGUACAUUUUAGAAUUCAUUUUUUUACACGGUCUUUCCCCGCUGUACCUCUAUGAGCUGCUUUCUCCUUAUUCGCCCGCCCGAUGCCUCAUAUCAGCUGACCAGCUCCUUCUGGAGACACCGAGGUCCCGGCGAAAGCUCAGAGGGGACAGGGCUUUUGCGGUUGCUGGCCCCAGACUCUGGGAUUCUUUGCCAUUGUUCAUCAGAGAAGCACUGUCACUGCCCAUUUUUAAGACCCAUCUAAAGACUCAUUUAUCUAUUUAUCUUGUCUUAGUGUGACUGUCUUUUAUGUUUUUGGUGUU